CUCUCUUUGAGAGAUGGGAUCAACGAAUCAAGAGCACAAUAACACCCACUUGUGGGAUUUGUUGGAAGGUGAGCAUCAAGCGAGGAAGGCCAGGAGAUGUCGAGGCCACAUAUGCGACGGUACGAAGACCGAAGUGUGCUCUCCUUUGCCUCCGCGGUUGACAGUCUUCUUUCCAAAUUGUGCAUCACCUAGAGACGCCAGAGGAGACAUGUGAGUUAGCAGAGCCACUGAAAUCCUCACAACUGCAAGUUCCCACUGCACGAGACUCAAGACAGAGUAAGAUUUGCAACCAGUCAUUCCUAUAUCCAUCCAUGGAUCGGCACCUCUCGACUUGCCUUCUUAUGUACUACCCAGCAACCUCCACCCGCCAUGCUUAGGGAUUGCGAUGGACCUCGACAUAUUACCCACCACUCAGCAUCUGAGCGCAGAAGGCGAGCCUGACCUUAUCGCUGAUGGCGUUAUCACCCUUCAGGACGCAGAAGGGGUGUUCACUUCAUAUCGCCAAUGUCUCGAUCGGUUCCUUUACAACAUCCUGGAAGAACAUGAUUCACUGACCAGCAUCCGUAAAAGUUCUCCGCUUUUGACCGCCGCAGUCUGUGUUGUCGGCGCCCUUCACACUUUUUCACCUCAAUAUCAAGCAUGUUACGAGCACUUCGUCCAAUUGGCAUCUGUCCGGCUGUUCUCAAAGAAAAAUACGCCCGACGACAUCCGUGCCCUUUGCAUAGCCGCAUUCUGGCUCGGCGACAUAUCCUCUAGUCUCAUUGGAGCAGCGGUUCGUCUUGCAAGCGAACUGGGCAUCCAUCGGCACAUACAGAACGCCCGCCAUCAGAGGGACUGCUAUCGAAAUACUCGUUUAUUCUACCUUGUAUGCGUUUGCGACAGCCAAUUAUCGAUUACCCGCGGAAGGCCCCCAUUGGCCUGGGACUUCGGCUCCAUUAUUUCUCCUAAAGAGCUGCUUCAAUCUGAAUAUGCGACCAAGCUUGAUGAGAGUCUCGUCAGUCAAUUGGAACUUUGGUCUAUAAGCACUCAAAUCUUUGACCGAUUUUACCUUGACCCCGACGAUGACCUGCCAAAUGGCUGGAUUCCUCUUACCCACCGUCUACGUACCGCCAUAGAGACCUGGAAAGUCGAAUGGGAUGACAAACUCCUCGUCAAUGAAAUCGAAGCUGGCUUCGCAUCCAAAGCAACCCAUUUGCAAUAUUACUUUACGAGAUUAUACCUAUGUUCCGUUGGAUUUCGGAGGCCGGCUAUUUCACAAAGCAAUCAUCCUCGCUCGGAACUUGGUCUUGAAUUUGCAGCAGCUGCGAUGCAUUCUGCAGUGUCGAUUCUACAAGUAAUCUUAACCGACAAGGAAAUUCAAUCUUACUUGUGCGAACUACCUGUUUACUUCAAUGAUAUGAUUGCCUUUACGAUUGGCUUCCUCUGUGAGGUGACGACGAAAUAUCUAGCCAAUACGUGGAUCGACAAUGCUGAGAUCAACGCUGAAUUGGAUGAGCUGGUUCACGCUUUCCACAAUAGUACAGCUAUCAUGCAGCCUAAGCAUCCGUUGGCUGGUGUUCUGAGCAGCAUGCGACAUUUAGUUGGCCGAUUGCAAACCCUUCGCCAGGCACGGGAAACAGGGCAUAGCCAUCACCAGCAGAUGCUGUCGCAGAUUCAUGCGUUCCAACACAGUAAUUGAAGGCGAGCUGAGACACUGAACUCACAUCUCCCUCUACCGGUGAUGCGAAUGACCAAAGUCGAUGCCAACAAUGUUCGAAAUGAAUGCCCUUAUCAGAUUGUGCUUGCCAUUUUGGAUGAGUUGCAGUGGUGGGAAAGUGGGUGGCUUCAUUUGAUAUCGGCGAUAUGUCCUCGGUCCGUAUCGUCCAUUAGUCGACCAGAUCCUCCAGAUUGAGCAUGACGAUCUCCCAGUAUACUAGGUGACUUCAGCUCUGUCGAAGAGUUGAUCCCAACUGAGACCGCUUCAGGAGCUUGCCAAAGUAAUUUUAAGGAGCGAGGGUCUGCAAGAUAAUUCGCCGAAGCUCUUCUGCGAUUUCUUAUUGGAAUUGACGUACUGAGAAAUAAACCCCGUUGAAAUAUUCGAUUGAAGUUGUAAAUCGAUUGCUCAGGCCUCUGCAGAUUAGGAGGUCAUUGCAUAGAUAUGCCCUCGCCAAAUAAACGAAAGACCACAGGAAUAUCGCACCACACUGGGUUAGCCUGUUCAAAGACGCA